AUGUCCGACCCGAAUCCACUCCUCCUGCUUGUGCAGCAGCUCCAGCAAGAGCUCCAAAACCAGCGCCUUGAUAUUCAAAACCAGCGUAAUGAAAUACAGCAACUACGUGCGGACCUUGAUGCUUCCCGAACAGAUGUCCACCAGCUUCGUACGCAGCUUCUUUCCGUCCAGACACCCAGAUCCCGCCUGCCAGAUCCGCCUCGCUUUAACGGUAAACCAUACACGCUUCGCACAUGGCUCCCGUCAAUUAAAGCAAAACUUCGAUCAGACCAGCUCGUAGGAGCUGAUGCUUUUGACUAUGUAUGGGAUCGACUAGAACAGUCUCAGCAAGCUUCUGUCCUGCACCUCCGCCAAUCUGCCGAAGAAAACCAGCUAUGGGAUCCUGAAGUUAUUUUCUCUUUUUUUCAGCGUCUAUGCCAUAACCCACGGGAACAGCAGGAGGCUAUUCAGCGCUUUACUUCUAUACAACAGAGGGAUGACGAAUCGCUUAUCGCCUACCUUGCUCGUUUUGAACGACUUUCAUAUGAAGCCAAUGUAAACUCAUGGCCAGAUAUAUCACGUGUUACCACGCUACACCGGGGGCUACGGCCUAAUCUCCGUCGAAUACUAGAAGACUCGAAUAAUUCUCUCUUUGAUCUUCCCUAUAAUGAAUAUAUUGAACUUGUCCAGAGUACCGAUCGGCGUACCCGUCCUAGUCCAAAAUCAGCCCCGAAACCAGCUUUGACCCCGAAUACAGACCCAAUGGAUACUGAUCCGGUCGAGUCAACUCAGUUAAAAUAA